UUUUAGUUGAUCAGUAAUUCCCGACAUGUGUUUCGGUUUCCAUCCGAUUGCUAAUCUAUCUAGAAGAACUGGUGGUUAUUUUUAGCCUCAGGUAUUGCUUAUUCAAACUGGUGAUUGGAGGGCUGUUGAGACCAGAUCUUCAGUAAGCACUGACGUUUCAGAUUUUGGGGGUGAAAAGAUGCCCAUUUCGCUUAAGUGGCCAUUCCAUUUUUACUAAGGUAAGAAAUUUUUUUUCAAUUUGUUAUGUAAUUUGCGGAAGCUACUUUACAUUGAGACGGACCCAAUGCAAUGCACAACGUUAGAUCACGAAGGAAAGAAAAUAUUUUAUUUUUGAAGAGAAAAGAGCAUAAUGAGUUGGUGCACAUCAAUUCCGCUUUCAUAUCAUUUGUGGUUGCCAUGGUUUUGCUAAGUAAACAUGGAUCCGAUGACGUCACGGUGAAUUAAGAGGAAAUAAAUGGUUUAGAGUAAAAGGAUACAUUUUUUUUUUUAAACUAUAUUAGUGGGUACAUUUUAAUUAACCUUACUUAACUUACUUGAGUCGCGUUUAGAAAAAAAAAAUAAACAUGAUUUUUGGAACCAACCCACAGUUGUAAAAGUAGGCGACCGCAGCAGGCAAGCAACUCUGCUUCACAAAUAUUUGAACGUGGGGCAUAGAUUGUGUGAGGGGAAACAGGGGAAUUCACGAAUUACGUCUUCCCUGAAAUUCUCCGAGACAUAAAAUUUGUAAAAAAAUCCAACAGAAGUUGUUCGUACUGAGUACGUUUAUCAUGCGUAAGCUAAUGUCGUUACGUUGACUCGUCGUGUGCCACUCAGGCGUUGAGAUGGUGAAAUCGCCUGUCUUAAGUGUGUUCAAUGACGUGGCGAGUUGUAACAAUUGUUAAAACUUGGACUUAGAAAUGCGUUGAAUUAUAUCAUGAGGCAGGGUGUCGCCAGCGUAGAAAUUUAGGAAGGGUGGGACAGAGGAGGCGGGAGGUGGGGGGGUUAAAAUUUUAAAUAUAUCUAUGGCCGUAAUUUUCUGCGAAAUGCAAAACUCUCUUCAGUGGGGCGGGGGUGUUUGUGAACUCAUUGGCCCAAACCAGUGGCAUCCACUGCAUGGUGGUGAACUGACUUGGUGUUUAAGAGCACACGUUUGACAUAUGAUGGGCACUUGAUAAAUAUACAUGUUUGAUGGUUUGUUUUUAAAACAAUGGCAUAAGCGGAAAAACACACACUUAACUGGUGAACAAGGUCCAUAUUUGAGUCUCAGUAUAAUGGCUGGCGAGAUGUGCCGAGACAGUUGGGGUGGGGUGGGGUGGUUGUGGUGGGGGGGGUUGCUGAAUUGGUAAAACAUGGACCCCUCUAAAAUGUCACUCUCUGCUGUUGAACUCUCAACGUCUCUCCAUUCCAUUCACAUCACCUUGACUCUCUCGUUUGGUCCCUCUAUUCGUGUUUUUUUUUUUUUUUUUUAAAGCUACUUUCACCCGACGGGGGAUUUUUUUUAAACAUGGACCCCUCUAAAAUGUCACUCUCUGCUGUUGAACUCUCAACGUCUCUCCAUUCCAUUCACAUCACCUUGACUCUCUCGUUUGGUCCCUCUAUUCGUGUUUUUUUUUUUUUUUAUAAAGCUACUUUCACGCGACGGGAGAUUUAUUUCAGGUGUCCAUGCCUUGGCAUAAGUGCCAUAAUGAACUGGGCACACGUUGAACAUCUCUAGAACAUUUCCCUAGUCGCAGGUAACAAACACUUGGCAAAGAUAUAGCUCUUCAAAGAUCUGGCUUGGCGCCUUGUCUUAACUGGGCCACCUACAACACGUCACGAUCCCUGGCUCGUUUGCGAGGGCAUGAAAUUUCACAGGAUCAAUGGGCAUUGCCAAGAUUUCAUUAUUGACGUGUUCAGGCUGUCAAUCGUUUGACUUAAACGAAAACUCGCGCAAAUGUUAAUGGCAGUGUCCCAAACAAACCAAACAAAUCUUAUGUAGAUUUCCGUGACAGUAGAUGUUAAUUGUGGGACCGUUCGUUGUUUUUUAAAAAAUUAUAAACAUCAUUGUAAAAACAAAUGGCCGUUGUUUCCUUCCAAAGAAAAUUUUUUUCCCUUUUCUCACAAACAUGUUUUUGGGGCUUCUUAUGUUGGAGAAUAACUUGAUAUUUUUUUUUAUUUUUUUUUAAAAUCCAGAUUGGGAUCGAACCCAAUACCAGUGUCUUUCUAGAUGUCUUUCUUAAUGUAUACUAUAAGAAGGACUGAGUUCAAGCCUUGUAGAGUUCAUAAAUAGUUGAACGAGUUAUGUUUAGACUUGAAAAAAAAUACAGGACAAACCUAUGACGCAACGAACAGCAGGUUUACCCAAUGACUUCAACACACACAAGACGAGGCUGUGUAGCAUUUAUAAGCCUCAAACUAGUUGUGGAAUCCAAAAGAAUUUACACCUGCUGUGUCGUAGAAAAAAAAGGGGGAUGGGGGUGGAGAGGGCGGUCAGGUCCCAAGCGGCAAGGUCAUAUUUUCUUGAUAUGAGCAUCGGGAUUUUCAGCCAACUGAGUUUGUUUUCGUGGAACAGGCGGAGAAAAAAAAUCUAGCCCCACCCCGACUGGCACUAACCCUAGCCACGCCUCUGCUAAAAAGUAACUUUGUUUACAGUGUGUUGUGUGUUAUCACUCUUUAACCCAGUGUGUUGUAUGUUAGCACUCUUUAACCCAGUGUGUUGUAUAUUAGCACUCUGUAACCCAGUGUGUUGUAUGUUAGCACUCUCUAGCCCAGUGUGUUGUAUGUUAGCACUCUCUAACCCAGUGUGUUGUAUGUUAGCACUCUCUAACCCAGUGUGUUGUAUUUUAGCGCUCACUAACCCCGUGUGUUAUAUGUUAGCACUCUCUAACCCAGUGUGUUGUAUGCUAACACUCUCUAACCCAGUGUGUUGUAUGUUAGCACUCUCUAACCCAGUGUGUUGUAUGUUAGCACUCUCUAACCCAGUGUGUUGUAUGUUAGCCCUUUCAAACACAGUGUGUUGUAUGUUAGCAAUCCUUAACCCAAGGCGUUCUAUUUUAGCGCUCACUAGCCCAGUGUGUUAUAUGUUAGCACUCUCUAACCCAGUGUGUUGUAUGUUAGCACUCUCUAACCCAGUGUGCGUGUGUUAUAUGUUUGCAAUCUUCAUUGGGUGCUUUAAAUCACGAACGUACUUUGACCUCACUAUUUGAUUGUUCUCUGAAUUUACUAUCUCAAAAUCAAUUCGGGAUCGAUACACUAUGCAUUCUAAGUCAGAUUUUAUGUUUGCCCCCCCCCCAAAAAAAAUAAAACAACAAAAAAACAACAACAACAACAAACAAAUAGCAUUCUGGCACAAGGGAAAUCUGGAAAUAACGAAUUUUUGAAAAAACGAUGUUCCUGUAUUUAAGACAACUAAAUAAUAACUAAUUUUUUUUCCAAUCAUUCAUACAAUUAUAUUAUUAUUUUUUUCUUACAGGCAAGAUGGCAUCCGAAGAUUCCAGACUCGUUUUUUUACUUGUUGGAAAAACCGGUACCGGGAAAAGUGCAACGGGAAACUCCAUCUUAGGAAGCUGUGCGUUUAAAUGCAGUGACGAUGGCACAUCUGUGACGUCAGAGAUUUCGUUUUCAAGCGUCGCGAGACAAGGCUACACAUUAACAGUGGUAGACGCCCCUGGCGUUAUGGACACGAGCGUGGACUCAACGGAAGCAAAGUGGAAAUCGUGCCGAGAAAUGAUACACGCCAUGAGCAUAUGUCCUACGUCAGGGAAGCUGGCCAUUCUUCUUGUUCUUAAAUACGGCGAACGGUUCACCGAGGAGAACAGAGCCACGGUACGAAUCCUGAAGAGCAUUUUCGGUGAGGAGAAUCUAUGGAAAUCGUGCGUCAUCAUAUUUACACAUGGAGACCUCUUUGAUGUGAAUUACGAUGGUGAAAAAUGUUUCGAAGACUGGCUAAGAGAACAGAGCAGGGAGCUGGGUAAAAUAAUUGAGAACUGUCGAUUUAAAUGUGUGUUGUUUGAUAACAAAGCCAAAUUUCCCGUUAAGCAGGAGGAACAACUGAAACAGCUCAUGGAUUUUGUUGACCAGCUGGACCAAGGUUAUACAAAAGAUAUAUUUGACGAGGCCAAGAAACAGCAGAACCGAUUAGAACUGGAAGGACUGCUGCCAAAGCUGGUGGUGGAAUUUCAGAGCGAAAUAAAUUCACUGAUCGCAAACAUCAACAGUACGGUCAUUACGUCAGAUUCGCGGGACGAAGUCAUGAAGCUAGAGGAUUUGGUUAACCACCUUUUGGCCCGCAUAAAUGAGAUGGACGAUCCCGAAAAAAUAUUUUACGACAGUGACGAGACAAGGCUGUUGGAAAAUAUAAGGUCUGAAGUAGAAUGUUUAAUACCAAAGAUCAGUUUGAUGAAGGACACCGUGCAAAUAAUGAAGAAAGUAGAUUUACUCAUCUCAAAUGUUGAACAAAUAAUUAACGUUAUAGACCAGGCAAAUCCCAGAGAUGAGGGAAUGCCAAGUUGCCUUAGGCAGAUUGAAACAAAAGCAGGUGCGCUGUGGUUAAAAAUAGCGCAGGAGAAGCUGAGUCCACCGUUUUCAAGCAGACUUGAUCUGACAAUAUCAUUGGCUGAACAAAAGCUGACACGGCUGCGUGAUGACGUUGAACUUGCAGAGAAGGCAAGAAAAUUAAAUCUAAAAAUAGUCGGGCUUCAAGACGAGGUGACCAAUCAAACGAUUCCGACGCUGGUCAGCACGUUUACAGCAUUCGCUGAAAGAGCUGACCACAUCCUUGCAGAGAUCAACGCCGAAAGCUUACAACCCCACGACAAGGCCGAUCUCCUUGAACGAAUUACAGAUUUAAAGACGAAAAUCGACAAUUUGAAAAUAGACAACGACAUGAACAUAGGCUGGACGUCGACAAGCGUCAUCACUGGGGUCAUUAGUGUUUUUACCGCAUUCAUACCUAUUGUUGGGAUACCUAUAACUGUGGGGCUUAACGUGGCUCCUGUAGUAGGUCAAAUCAUUCACAGAGCUGCGGAAAGGUCGAGACGACAAUCAGAGGCCGAAAAACAGAAAAAAUAAAUAAAUGUCAUUGUAUUUAUGUUUGAAUUUUAACGUCAUUAAAAAAAAAAUUAAUUGUGCAUGUUUUAAGAAAAAAUAUUUUUAAAACAGUUUUCGUUUGAUCAAAACAAUGACUCAGCUUACAGAGGUCAUGUUUUUGAGUAAACAAUCGCUUUUCUUGCGAUUUUUAAAAUGCAAUGAUUAACGGAUAAUGUGUAGCCAUUGUGUCGAACUGUUGUAUUUAACUUGUGUAUUAAUUAAUGAAACUCGUUCAAAGGUAUUUCUUUCUGUGCCCCUUAUCAGAUAUAAUGAAAUGAUACGAUAAAUGUACUAAUUACUCUGUAUCAGUAAGCCUUUCUUUUUUUUUUCUCCCUUUUUUUUACGUCAGGGUUUUCUGGCUUCGCCCCACAAGAGAAACUUGAAGAUUAUGUCGGGUAUUUAGUUUCUAUUGUGAAUCUAUUUACGUGACAAACAUAGACGGUGGGGUGAUGAUAGACAGGAUGGUGGUCGGUUUGAGGGGUGUCGGAAUUUAAUCUUUCUUUUCAGCUACUCAAGUGGGGAUUGAGGCCCAAAAAAAAAAAAAAAAAAUUGAGGGGUGUCGCAAUUUAAUCUUUCUUUUCAGCUACUCAAGUGGGGAUUGAGGCCCAAAAAAAAAAAAAAAAAGAAAUCUUAACACUGGUUACUGGCAUCCCUACACACACACACACACGCACGCACACACACACACACAAGCACACACACACACAUGCACAAACAACCAAACAAAUAUACCUUUAACCAUUUAUAUAAUUCACAAACUGUUUGUCUGAUGCAUUCUCUGCGUUUGGAUGUAAAUGGUUAUUCAGUGCAUUGACUUAAAUCUAUAAAACAUUCAAAGGAUCCACAUUUAUUUAUUUUUCUCUGGACACAAAGUGGGGGGGGGGAGGCUUGGGGGCUGGAGGGCUGCUAAGAGCUACAUCAAACUAAAAGAAAUUCGACUUUUGUGGCCAAUAAACCAUGUUAAUAACUAGAAUUGUAGAAAUUUCUGUAUCAUGAUCUUACCUGACAGGAGAGCGGGGUGGUAACUUAAAUUAUAUUAUUUUGAUGACAAGAGAGGCGUUUAGAUAUCCAAGCAUUCGAUAAUCUCCAUAGGAUUAUUUAAAAAAAAAGAAUAAGCAUUUACACUUCUUUCUAGAUUUUUGGUUGGACUCCAAGGUUGUUCCUUGAAUACUGAAAUAGUUUACUCUCUAAUAAAAAUAUCUAAAACAA